AUGAAGGGCGAGCACAUUACUCUCCCGGCCCUGCAGCUCGCGGCUGCUGCCUUCUUCGCCACCGGGUGCCAGGCGGCUGCCAUCAACACUGGCGUGACCGAUUGUGUCGACAAGGGCAACAAGGCCAUCGAAGCCAACAAAUGCGAUGGCGCCGGCCCCACGGGAACCUUCUUCGUGGCACAGGGCCCUUUGGCUGCCGAUGAGGCAGUCAACACUCAACUCACGGUGCAGCCCGUCAACAACGCACGCAAGGCCGCCGGGCUUUUUGGAACCGGCGGCAUUGUCCGCCGCGGCUUUGGAAAGCGGAGCCCUCAGGACGAAGCCCGUACACGAGAACUUCUCGGCAUCACUGGAUCCUGGAAGACGGUAGAAAUGCGACGUGUCGCCGUGGAAUCGCGUCCCAACGCAACGCUGCUCGUGCAGAGCCAGGGCCUUGUGUACACCAAUCCUGCCGACUCGUCGGACCCUACAGAUAACUACUGGCCGGAUGAUCGAUACUAUUCCUUUACUAGCGAGGAGAUUGAGCUGCUUAAGAAAGCCGGGCAAGAUGUCUUUGACAUGUGCUGCGAGGCUGCCGACUAUCUGGUGGACCAUCCAGAGACGAUUACCAGCAAGAUGAAAAUACCCGCAUUUGCGCUCAGGCAGAUUAUAGAGUCGUGGGACCGGGAGCCCGCCUGGGGCAGCGUAUAUGGACGCUUCGAUAUCUGCUUUGGGGGCCUUGACCAUCCAGAUCCGAGACUGCGCGUGCCCAAAUUUUACGAGUUCAACGCCGACACACCUACGUCGCUUGUGGAAGCCGCUUCGAUUCAGUGGCUCUGGCUAGAGCAGACAGGUUGCGGAAACGACCAAUAUAACUGCAUCACCGAGGAACUUAUUACGGCAUGGAAGAGGAAUUUGAGACAUAUUGAGGAGAAAUUGGGGCAUCGCCCUACUGUGCACUUUGCGGUGGCAGAAGGAGACGACACUGGCGAAGACACAAUGAACACGGCUCUUCUGCUGGACACAUGCCAGCAGGCGGGAUGGUCUACCAAGACGUUGCUCGUGGAGGACAUUGGCUUGGGUCCCGACGGACGCUUCUAUGACAAGCAGAAUGAGCACAUCGACGUCAUCUUCAAGCUUUAUCCUUGGGAGAUGAUGGUCGAGCAAGACUUCGCAGAGGCGUGUUUCAAAGACAUGGAGACUGUCGGGCGGUGCAACGAGGACGGGGAAUAUACCGGAGGGACUGUGUGGAUCGAAGCACCAUACAAGAUGCUAUGGAGCAACAAGGCCAUCUUUGCCAUCCUCUGGGACCUGUUCAAGGACGACCCGCGCUCCAAAUGGCUUCUCCCUACCUUCUUCGACAACGAGGCACCGGCCUCCCUCACCAAGUUUGCGCGCAAGCCAAUCUUCGCCCGCGAAGGCGCCGACAUUGUCCUGCAAGCCGACGGCCAGGUGAUCCAGGACAUGAAGACGGGAGUAUACGGCAAGGAGGGGUACAUCGUGCAAGAGCUCGCGCUGCUCCCGAGCUUCAAGGACAACGAGGACGAUUUGCACUACCCCGUGGUGGGACUUUGGUUCGUAGAUGGCGACCCUGUGGGAAUCGGGGUCCGCGAGGACGUGACGCCCAUCACCACCAAUGGCUCAGCGUUUAUUCCUCACUCCAUCUCGGACGGGCCUGUAAGCUACGAGAGGCAGCCGAUUCCCGAGCUUGAGGAGAUCGAGGCAUCGCUGAGGAUGGAGACGUAUCACAGCGAGAGUGCCGAGUCCAAGCCUGUUCUUACUUAUAUCGAGAGCGUUUUGGCUUGA